GUACUUGCAAACAUUGUUUUUAGGAGGAAAAAUAGUGUACACAAUGUUACACUGCACAGGCCAAAUUAAUUUUAACUGCAAAGAAGACCAAUCAGAAUUCCUCUUUCAUUGUGGACCAGUUUCUACAUACUCUCAUCAUACAAUUUCAUAAAUCUGGGAAAGUUCUAUAUCUUUACUGUUUUCUUGUCCUCUGUAGGAACUAUGCCUGGAGAAGGUAGCUUUGCCAUGCAUGCUAUACUUGCUAACCACUACUUAUUUGGAGCAUCAUAUCCACGUGGUGGAGCCAGCGAGAUUGCUUUCCAUAUCAUCCCUGUUAUUGAGAAAGCAGGCGGAAAGGUGCUAGUAAGAGCACCAGUCUCCAAGAUUCUUGUUGAUGAAAACUCUGGUAAAGUUAAAGGGGUUCGGGUUGAGAAGGGCGGCAGUGAGGUGGAUGUUCAUGCCCCGGUAGUGAUAUCAGCUGCAGGCAUCUACAACACUUUUGAGAAGCUCUUGCUUGAAAAUGAAGCCAUACCGGAGAAGGCCCUGUUGAAAACCAAAGCUGUUCGUCAUGGCUUUGGAGCAAUGUCAGUCUACGUGGGCCUCAAGGGAACCAAAGAAGAGUUCGGACUCAAAGCCUCCAAUUUAUGGGCCUUCACCGGCAACGACCUCGAUAAAAUCACCAGGGAGUUCCUUCAAUUAGGAGCCGAUACCGCCGGCACUAAAGACAUCCCGUUGUUGUUCAUUUCCUUCCCAUCCACCAAGGACCCCGAGUGGGAGACUCGCUACCCGGGCAAGACGACUUGUACGAUCAUUACCUUAUCCCCGUAUGAGUGGUUUGAACGCUGGGAGAACGAGCGGGUUAUGAAGCGAGGCGAGGAGUACGAGGAGAUCAAAAACCGUAUCGGUAAGCGCAUCUGGGAACAGACCUGCAAGUUCUUCCCUCAGGUGCGUGACCGCGUCGAUUUCUUCGAUGUCGGCAGCCCGCUGAGUAACAAGUACUACAUCGCGGCGCCCCGAGGGGAGAUCUACGGGAUUGACCAUCACGUGGACCGGUUCAGUCCCCAGGCUGCUGUAAAGCUCCGACCGGAAACGUCCAUCCCCGGGCUCUAUCUCACCGGGCAAGAUAUCCUUAGCUGCGGGUUCGCCGGAGCAAUGUUCAGUGGUAUGAUCACUGCCUCGGCUGUCCUCGGAAGAAACCUGUUUGCCGAUAUGAGUCACUUGCAGAAGGCUUUGAAAAAGAAGAAAGCGACGAUGGGUGGAAAGGUACAGAACGAGGCCGUACGGAAUGGGUCGGUUUAAAACGCACAACUGAAAACUUGUUUUUGCUGUAGGACCUCAGCUAUUAUUAACUUUUAUCCAUCUUUACACAACAGUGAGUCAUUUCCGAAUUGCCCUCACCUUUGUGCCAAAACGAGUCCUCGUGCGGAACUUCGUUUAAGAAACUAUCUUUCACUUACAUGUUCAGACUUAUGGGUAAAUCAAACGCAUUUUCGUUUGACUGGAAAACAGGAAGACUCGUUUGAGGCAAGAGGAAACGCGGAAAUCGCCUACAGUGAUGGCGGUCUGUAUAAUUUCAUUCCUCUCUGACAUUGUUGAAAACAAAAUAGCCUAGAUUAUGGAAACUAUUAUGGAUUCUUCUUAAAAGGAUUUUUGACAAAAUGUAUGAGAAAAAACCAUGUCAAUUUUAAUUUAACCGUCGGGAAAACAGACUGAAGCAGUGGUGGCGGGACUUGGGUAAAACAAGAAUAUAUAUUUUAAAAAGCAUGACGUUUACAGCAGACGGCAAACGGGAAAGAAUACCUCUAAAUUUGUGUUCUUUUCUGCUAAUCCUUAACUAAAUCACACAAAAAUUGAAAAAUUUCUCCUAUUCACCGCAAAUA